GUCGAUUAAAAUGUAGAUAAGUCUUGGGUGUUUGGGUGUGACGAUCGCCAAUACCAUCCACCCAAAGGUAAUCCAAAAUCCCAACUUUGCAUACCUAUUGCCGACCAUUUGGUUCUCAUUCUUCAAUCUUCAGCCUCUCAAAGAGUUCCUCUUUCGAUUUCUCAAUUUCCUUUCUUCUACUCGUGUACCCUCCGAGCUAACCCUCGGGAACCUCCAGACAGAGAGGUGAGGCAGCAAUGGCGUCUCUGCGGAACAACCCGAUCUCCAUCAAUCUCUGCUCCAACUUCUCCCCAUCAACCCAACAAUCCAAAACCCCUUUCACCGUUUCCUUCUCAUCCACUUUCCCCUCUCUCAAACUCGCCACCCACAACCGCGGCCGCUCCUCCGGUGGAAGCGCAGCCGGCGCCAGGAUGUCGGCCACCGCCGCAAGCAGCUACGCCACCGCCAUCCUCGACGUGGCCAAGGGGAACAACUCGCUGGAGGCCACCUGCGCCGACAUGGAGAAGCUCGAGAAGAUGUUUUCGGAACCAGGGGUCCUGGGCUUCUUCUCCAACCCAAUAAUCGACCUGGAGAAGAAGCGGCAAGUAGUGGACGAGAUCGCCGAGUCGUCGGCUCUCCAGCCUUACAUGGCCAAUUUCCUCAACAUCCUAAUCGAGGCCAAGCGGGUGGAUUUGGUGGCCGACAUUGUUAGAGAGUUCGAGGCCCUGUACAAUCGGUUGACCGAGACGGAGCUGGCGGUGGUGAGCUCGGUGGUGAAGUUGGAGUCCCAGCACUUGGCCCAGAUUGCCAAGCAGGUUCAGAAGCUUACUGGAGCUAAGAAUGUUAGGAUCAAGACCUCGCUGGAGCCUAGUUUGGUUGCUGGGUUCACUGUUAGGUAUGGCCCUUCUGGUUCCAAGUUGAUUGACAUGAGCGUCAAGAAGCAGUUGGAGGAGAUCGCUGCCCAGCUCGAUGUUGGUGAUAUUCAGCUUGCUGUAUGAGUUGUUCUUUUCGUUUCUCUUGUUUUCAGAACCCUCGAUGUCUGGUUAUUUAUAAUUUUUGUUCGCUCGGAAACACUAUUGUUUGGGUUUGUAAAAGUUUGUGCUUUGUUGGAUGGAAUCAAGAAUGCUGUAUAGU